UGGAUCAUAAGUAACUUUUCAGUGCUUAAAAAGGCAAUCCCCACUCCUUUUUCCUGCAGCUUUAUUAAUUGACGUAGUACAGGCAGCAGCAAGAUGGAAGUUCCCUUUUUCCCAACCCUUUUCUCCUGUAUCAAAGACUUGGUGGUGCAACAAGCCUUGUUCUCAACCUUGGAGGAUUGGCUAGUGAAGCAUCCCAAAAUCCUCCAGUUUUCAUGGGAAAAUGGCCAAACACCAGCCUCCUCUCACCGCUUCCUCACCCUCACUGUCUUGUCUUACAUCUCUUUCACAUUCGUUCUCUCCCAACUAUCUCGCCCUUCAGUUUCACGUCCACUCCUCAAAUCAAUCGCAGCUGUCCACAACAUCUUCCUCCUUACCCUUUCUUUCAUCAUGGCCCUGGGUUGCCUGGUUUCCAUCUUCUCCCAGGUGCCUAACUUCAACACCCUCGUUUGCUUCCCUAGGGGUACAUCCCCAUCGGGCCCUCUCUUUUUCUGGGCAUACAUCUUCUACCUCUCCAAGAUUGUUGAAUUCAUGGACACCCUUUUGAUCAUCCUCAGCGGAUCCAUGAAGAGGCUAUCCUUCCUUCACGUCUACCAUCACUCCAUGGUGGUCAUCAUGUGUUAUAUUUGCUUAGACAGUGCUCAGUCCUCCGUACCCAUGGUGCUGGUCACCAACUGCGUGGUGCACGUCGUAAUGUACACCUAUUACCUGUUGUGCACCCUGGGGAUGCACCCCAAGUGGAAGAAAAUGGUGACGGAUUUUCAACUAGUGCAGUUCUGGUUAAGCUUUUUGAUCAUGGCCAUGCUUGUGUUCUACCACUUCACUGCUUCUGGCUGCUCUGGGAUUCUGAGUUGGUGUUUCAAUGCAGCCUUCAUCGUCUCUCUUCUCUACUUGUUCUCAGACUUUCAUGCCAAGAGUUACUCCACCAAUGCCAAGGUCUUCAAGGGUAACUAAUAAUUAAUUAAACUACCUUUUCUUUUCUUUUCUUUUCGUUUUCAUUUUUAUAUGUAGUUAUUGUUUCAGAGUGAUUCAUCAGUUGAAGAAAAAAAUGAACAUAAUUGUCAUAAAUUCCUUUUACGAUUUCAAUUCUUCGGUGUGCAUAUGUAUCUUAAUAUCAAUUAAUUGAAGAGAUUCAUUGUUAAUUUA